GCUAAGGAUACUACUACAUUUUUAUUUUACAAUAAUGGCAAAAGUUCUAGAUUUUGCUUUAAAGGAAGCUCUAUUUCUAUUUUCAACUAUUUCUUUAUUUUCGCAGGGAUACUUCUCUGAGAGAUGUAAGAGCAAGUUCUGGAAUCUGAGAGGGUUGGGAACAGUAAUAAAGUGUUAAGUUAUGAUUAAUUGGCGUGAACCAUCAGAUUUGGCGCUUAAAAAUGAAUGUUUUGAAGCUAAUAAUUUUAUUAAAUUAAAAUUUUGUUUAACUUUUUCGCUAACACAAUUUAAUGUUGCAUGAAUAGUGCGAUCAAAGUGAAAAUAUAUAAAAAAAAUUAUCUCUCUUCAGUAAAUAAUGAAUUAAAGUGAAAAGUUGAAAAUGUCUUUAUUAUAAAAUUAAAUUAAAAACAGUUUAUAGUUUUAAAUUAGUGAUGACAAUAAUUUUUUUUAAUAUUUAUUCUUCUAAGAAAACUCCACAAGAUAUUAAGCAUAACAUUUAUAUAGUAAUGCAGAGGGGAAACACAUUUUUUAUACAAUAUCAUCUUUAUCCAGACAAUAGGGAAAGAAUUAAACAUAAAAUAACAGUUGAUUUGGAAGAUGGGUAAAUGACAAGGCAUUGGGAGUUUGAAGAGGUCUGAACCACAGAAAAUGAAGACUGAAGGAGGGCCACACGGAAGUGAGAGAUAUGUAUUGUUUAUAUAAAAUAAUUGCGGCAAGGCGAAAGGAAUUGCAGGCUGAAAUGAGAAUGAGGAUUUUGCAGUUGUGUUCUCCCAUGGCUUCCCCAUGGACAUGCAGAGCUCCUCUGCAGAUUGAACUGUGCAAGUUCUGGAUUUUGAGAAAAAGGAGAGGUAGCAGUAAUUUGCAGGUGCAGUGCUCCGGCAGACCCCCGAGAGCCCCUCCUGGAGUUGACACCAGAAUCCACUGGGACAACGAGGAUGAAGGGUGGAUUGGAGGCGGAGAUAGAGAUAAAGAUACCAAAUCCAGCAACAUGUUUGCCGACGGUGAUGACUUGUCAGAUUUGCUCCUCACUUCUUUAGGCUCUCAUUACGAAUUCUUAGGAGUAUCACCCAAUGCGGAUUUAGAAGAAAUCAAAGUUGCUUAUAGGAAACUAUCGAAGGAGUAUCAUCCUGACACAACCUCCCUCCCUCUGAAAAGUGCGUCGGAAAAAUUCAUGAAACUGAGAGAGGUUUACAACGUUCUGAGCGAUGAAGAGAGUCGAAAAUUUUAUGAUUGGAGCCUUGCUCAAGAGGCUGCAAGCCGACAUGCAGAGAAGAUGAGAAUGAAAUUAGAGGAUCCUCGGGAGCAACAACUCAGGAACUGGGAACCUGUUCCCGACAUGGUCGACCGCCUCGGUGGAAGGAAUAUGAAGCUCAGUGAUCAGGCAGUCUCUGCCAUCACUAUUGAUGUUUUUAUCAUUAUUUUUUCCAUAUGCUGUAUCAUUUACGUAAUCUUCUUUAGAGAACCAUAUUACUACUAGCUUAGCUAUAACCCUACACAAUCAAAUACAUUACAGCAUUUCUUUUCUGCA